UUGGGCCACUUGACCUUGGUGCUGGGGGCCAUCGUCCAUGGCGCCCUCCUGCGCCACGUGGCCCAGCCCGUGCACACCAUCACCUCGGAGUACGCCGUGGGUAAUGUUGUUGCGGUGGCUUCUGGUCUCUUGAGCAUUGCUGCCAGCGUCCUGGCAAUCCUGGUGUCCCGGAGCUUCUCCCACCAUUACCUGCCUUGGAUCCUGGUCGUUAUCUCCCUGACAAAUUUCCUGAUCUCAGGAGCCUGCUGCGUGGGGCUGGCACUUGCCAUCUCCCUUACUGUUGUCAACGGUGGCCGUCAUCUCUUUACCGGUUGCUACAGUUCUGCCCUUCCAGCUGAUGCCUGCACUGUGAUAACAAACAAGUGCCCUUUUGACACUACCAGCAUCUAUGACACAGCACUGGUCCUCUGGCUUCCUUCCUUGUUAAUGGCAGCAGUGAAAGCCGGUUUGUCUGCCUGGUGUUGCACAGCCUCCCUCUCUCUCUGUGGAAUUCUGGACUUCGGCGCUUGCUCCUCCGAAAAGAGAGCCCUCUUCCACUUUCGCCGCCCCUCCCCGCCGCCCGAAGUUGCCAGAGGACGCAAGGCGGGAGGCCAGGCCAGGCCAGGUCAACAGAGCUCUUUUCACCGCUCGGCCACGGUGGCCAAGCCAGGCGUAAUGAAAGGUAAUUGGCUAGGCUGUUAUCCAUCUGCAGCCUACAUCUUGCCUCCAAAUGCCUCUAAUUGA